AUGUCGACCCGAGUCUUGAUCCGCGACUAUCCUCACCGGACUCUGGCAUUAGCAACCGACAAGCACGUCCUUGUCUUUCGACACUCUCACACUCAGCCAGAUAAUGGCCGGUCAUCAAGCUCGACCAGUUUGCCCUUGCCAAAUGCGAAUCGGUCCGGUGUGACUCCUCGAUGCAUGGUUGAAUUUGGCGAGAAGUCAGCAAUCGACCUAACUCAUUUCCAUUCCGUGACUACUGCUAAGGGCACUUUGGGCCUCAUCACUCUCAACAAUGAUGUCUUUGUUUGUGUCAUUACGGGCUCAGAAGAGGUAGCGACAGUGAGGCCGGGUGAGACAGUUCAAAAGAUUUAUGCUGUGGAAUUCUACUGUCUCAAUCGUGUUGAUUACGAUCACACUCACGGCACCUACCCAAAUCCGUAUCCUGGUCAAAUGUUUUAUUCGGAUGAUGUUGAUUAUGGUGGAGGCUAUGAUCAAGUCGACUCAACCGCGGAGCAUCCAUUCCAUGCAUUAAGGAAACUUCUCAGCAAUGGAAACUUUUACUAUAGCGUCGAUUUCGACCUAACUCGUCGACUCCAAGACCGGUUCGUUGAUUCCUGGGCCGAAGCCGAUGCCGCUGUGGACAUAUCCGGCCUUGAUGAAGGUCUUCUCUGGAACUCAUACAUGAUUGAUCCUCUCCUCAAAUUCCGCAGUAGGCUGGCGGAUCAUGAGCGGAAUGCCUUGGAUCACUCUCGCCUCCUCACUUCUGCGAUUCGAGGAUUUGUUAAAACUCUGACCAUUCCUCCAUCUACGUCGCCAAUCCGGAGUUGUGCUCCGGGCCCACCCACCACUUUGACCGUCAUCUCUAGGCUUUCAUCUAGACGAGCGGGGACACGCUUCAAUUCUCGCGGCAUUGAUGACGAUGGAAAUACUGCAAAUUUCGUCGAGACGGAAACUGUGUUCUGGUCAUCGAUUGGCCUGUGUUUCUCUUAUACCCAGAUCCGUGGGAGCAUACCAAUUUUCUGGGAAAGUUCGAGCAGUUUGAUACCUGGACAACAGAAAAUUCAAAUCACACGGUCUCCGGAAGCUACCCAGCCCAGUUUUAAUAAACAUUUUGCGACCUUGGAAAGGACGUAUGGAGCCGUGCACAUCAUCAAUCUCCUCAGCGCGUUCAAGCCGGGGGAGGUUGAGCUCACAGAGCGAUACCGGUACCACGUGAACAGGAGUCCCCUCCGCCGUCACGAGGAAGGCGAAAUGGAAGAACACCACUUACUUCGCGAGACAGAAUUCGACUUCCAUGAACGCACCAAGGGAGCUAGCGGCUAUGAAGGGGCGAAAGCCAUCCGGCCAUAUCUGAAAUCGAGCGCAGAAUCGUUCGUCUAUUUUCUCUCUGAAGAGAUUGAAGAGGAAACUGUCAUUCACGGCAGGAGGUUGCGUUCAAGGAGACCGAUUGUGAUCAUGCAGCAAAACGGAGUGUUUCGCGUCAAUUGUCUGGACUGCCUCGACAGAACGAAUCUCGUACAAGGAAUUCUCAGUCAAAUGGCUCUCGAGCUCUUCUUGUCACAUCGGGACGAACGAGGAAAUUCCGACUUCUGGAUGCGCCAUUCAGCCCUUUGGGCGGAUAAUGGUGAUGCGCUGUCCAAAAUUUAUGCUGGCACAGGAGCCCUGAAGAGCUCCUUUACUCGACACGGCAAGAUGAGUCUCGCUGGCGCUAUUGCCGAUGCCAGGAAGAGUGCCACCCGUCUUUACGUCAAUCACUUUGAAGACAAAAAUCGACAGAAUACGGUUGAUCUUUUGUUAGGCCGGCUGGUUGGCCAGAACGGUGUGGAUCUAUUUGAUCCUGUCAAUGACUGGGUUGUUGCGGAAGUGGGGAGACGAAGAGCUGAAUUUGAAACAAGAGAUCAAAUCCGGGUUGGCAUGGGCACAUACAACCUGAACGGCAGGACCUCGGGAUCCCAAGAAGAUCUAAGCCCUUGGCUGAAGAUCCGCGGCGUGGACCUGGAUAUUGUGGUCGUGGGAUUCCAGGAGCUCGUCGAACUGAGCCCACAACAGAUCAUGAGUACAGACCCGAAUCGCCGAAUGUUAUGGGAGACGACGGUCAGAAAUUCACUCAACGGAUAUUUUGGCAAUGAGAAAUCCGACGCACCACCUACAAAGGAUGACGAAUAUGUUCUUCUCCGAAGCGGACAACUGGUCGGAGCUGCGCUGAUGGUUUUCGUUCGUUCAAGCAUUCUCGGCCGAAUCAAAAAUGUUGAAGGGGCGGUCAAGAAGACUGGUAUGAGUGGUAUUGCCGGAAACAAAGGUGCUGUUGCCAUCCGAAUGGAUAUUGAAAGCACUUCCGUCUGUUUCGUUACGGCACAUUUGGCUGCGGGGUUCGCCAACUACGAAGAACGAAAUCGCGAUUACAAUACAAUUACCUCUGGACUGAGAUUUCAACGAAAUCGGAGCAUUGAAGACCAUGAAAUCGUUGUUUGGGCGGGAGACUUCAACUACCGAAUUGGCCUGGGUUACGAGAGGGUCAAAGCUCUGAUUAACGAGGCAAUCAUUGGCCCAGAGAAGAUCCGGGAAGAAGCUUUGGGAAAGCUCUACGAGAAUGAUCAGUUGAACAUCCAAAUGGUGGUGGGAAAUUGUUUCAACUACUAUCGAGAAGGACGUGUGAAAUUUCUUCCCACUUACAAAUACGACAUCGGCAAGGACGAGUUCGAUUCAAGCGACAAACAACGCAUACCGGCUUGGACGGAUCGAAUACUGUGGAAGGUCAAUCACCAAAGUAACAUUGUGGACGGCAGUGAGGUAUUUGGCACUCAAAUGAGGCAGCUGGAGUAUGACAGUGUCAUGAGCAUGAGGUUUAGCGACCACAGGCCUGUUUACGCGAUAUUUGAAAUGGGAAUUCGGGUAGUGGAUGAGGAGAAGAAGGACGCCUUGACGAAGAAACUAUACAUGAAGAAAGCCAAGGAGAUGAAAAUCAAAGCAAGCGAUUCAACCGAGGAUUUUGAGGAUAUUGGAAGUGACGACGAGGAGACUGAAAGUCUCAUGGGAUAUCAAAGCAUCCAAGAAGGUCUGCCCCCGGCAAGCAGCGACAAGAGAAAAUGGUGGUUGGAUGGCAAUAAGGGAGCUCGAAGUACCAUCCGACCUCCUAAGGAGGGUAUGAUGUUGAGGAAAAAUCGUCAAGGAAAUCCCUGGAAAGAAGGUGGGGAGGACGACUGGGUGGAAGUCGAGAGGCCUCCCAUCAUGGACAACAAUAAACCUGGCAGCGGAGCUCCGAGCAGGAAGCCUGAACCGCCUCCUGCAAGAGGCCGGAGACGGAUGGUUCCUCCCGCAUGGGAAGGGGACAGAGCCGUGCCAUCAACGCAGACGAGGCCCGAAGCUGCCACGGAGAUGAAAUCCAUGCGACGACCAACACCACCGAUACCGCGAUCUCAAGCUCGUUCGACAAGUGUGACAUCAUUACCUAUCCGCUCUUCGUCAACAGCCACAAAGAAGCAACCACCACCAAAACCAGUGAAGCCAUCAACUCUUAGCACUUCGUCACGUCAAGUGGAUGUCCCACCAGUCAGCCCUCUUCCUGGCCCGGCCCUCCCACGCCCGGCGAGUAUUUCGCGCUGUGAUGUCGUAGCAUCUCCUGACGAUGUACCCCCGCCACUGCCCAAACGUACAGGAACAGCCAGCUCAACUGCUUCCUUCGUCAGUGCGUCCGACUCCGUUGUACCCGCGUCGAUCUCCGGUGGUAUAGGCAAAGGUCCACCUCCAACGCCGCCUCCGUCACGAGUUUCGCAGCUUCAUCAGAGACUGCGUGACGGCAGUGGAGGUAGCGUGUCAUCCCAGCCGACCUUAUUAAGGCAGACCUUCGAUCCUGAAGCCGGACCUCCUUUGCCCCCUAGGACGAAUACGAACGGUAAUGCCGUAUCGAAAACAAAUGGAGGGCUGAUGGAUGAAGAUGACAGCGCCAGCAGGGGCGAGCUAGCUAGGUACAAGCCUCUUCUGCCGGAUUGA